AUGACCAGCGAACCAACAGAAUUCUGUUCGAAACAACCAGACGAACCGAAACCGGCAGCUCGCAGAGGAGCACCACAAGAGAUUUACUCAGACCGGGGAACGAACUUCCAAGGUACCAGCAGAGACUUGUCGCAUGAGCUGCACAAGACAAUCAACAAUGAGCUGAGCAGCACAUUCACCGAUGCGCACACGCAGUGGCGAUUCAAUCCACCGGCGACACCACACAUGGGAGGUUGCUGGGAGAGGAUGGUGAGAUCAGUGAAAGCUGCAUUGGGCGCAAUUCCCGUUGAACGCAAAUUGGAUGAGGAGUCUCUGGUCACACUAUUAACAGAGGCGGAGCGUAUGGUAAACUCACGACCUCUGACAUUCGUUCCAUUGGAAAAUGUAGAUAGUGAGGCUCUGACCCCUAAUCAUUUCCUGAUGCGGAGUUCCAGGGAUGUACAACAACCAGUAAAUGACCCAGUAGGAGCGGAAGCCGCGAUGAGAUGUAGCUGGAACAAGAUUCAGCAUACACUGGAUGGAUUUUGGCGUCGCUGGGUUACAAAAUACAUGCCCACGAUUUCGAGGAGGACAAAGUGGUUCCAUGAUGUGGAACCAAUCAAAGGGGGUGAUUUGGUGUUUGUCGUAGAUGACGGCAUUCGUAAUCGUUGGCUUCGGGAGCGCGUAUUGAAAACUUACCCAGGCAAGGAUGACAGAGUACGUCGAGUGGAUGUUCAAACUGCGAAUGGGAUAUUGCGAGAGCGUGCAAUUAUCAAGCGAGCCCUGUUAGAUAUUAGAGGUGACGUCGAACCAGGACAUCGGACGACACGUGGGGGAAAAUGUUGCGGGAAAUCUGUGACGACCCCUCGAUAUCAAGAGCCAAACUAUUGA